CCCAUUCUCUAUCUUGCUCACAGAAUUCCGUGAUAGUUAUUGUUCUCAGUACUGAAAAAAAAGCAAAUGGUAAAUACAUAAUACUAUCUUGAAUCAUAUAUAUAUACUAAACCACAGCAAAUUUUCAUUCAAAAUGCUUCUACGUGGUUCUAUAACCAAUAUACGUCGAUUCACUAUGGUUUCGUCAAAAUCAAUUCUUUCCCAAUUCAAUAAUAAAGAUUUACUCCAGACUAAAUCAUAUGUCAAUGGUAAAUGGGAAAAAAGUGGGGAUAACAAAACUUUUACAGUGAAAAAUCCAGCAUUGGCAGGUAAUGAUGGGGAAUUGAUAGCUGAAGUGAUAUCUGCCACUAGUGAAGAUUUCAAUAAUGCAGUUACAAUUGCUACUACUGCUUUUAAGGACUUUAAAAAGACCACUCCCAGAUAUAGAUCAGAUUUACUCCGUAAAUUAUAUGAUUUACUUAUUGAAAAUCAACAAGAUUUAGCUAAGAUAAUUGUACUUGAAAAUGGUAAGCCUUUAGCUGAUGCUUUAGGAGAAGUUAAAUAUGGGGCAUCUUUCUGUCAAUGGUUUGCUGAAGAAGCUCCAAGAAUUCAUGGAGAUAUCAUUCCUUCCGGUAUUCCAGGAAGUAGAAUCUUAUCUAUAAAACAACCUGUCGGAGUAUGUGGAAUUUUAACUCCAUGGAAUUUUCCCCUUGCUAUGAUCACUAGAAAGUUAGCAGCUGCCAUUGCUGCUGGUUGUACGGCUGUUAUUAAACCACCCCCUGAAACUCCAUUAGCAUCAUUAGCAUUGGCUCAUUUGAUUCAAGAAGCAGGCUUCCCACCAGGUGUAGUUAAUAUCUUACCUACAGACCGUACCCCUGAAAUUGGGAAAUUAAUGUGUGAACAUCCACUUAUUAAUAAAAUUUCAUUCACUGGUUCAACUGGAGUUGGUAAAUUAUUGAUGAAUCAAUCUUCUUCAACUCUUAAAAAAUUAAGUUUUGAAUUAGGUGGGAACGCACCAUUUAUCGUGUUUGCAGAUGCUGAUAUUGAUAAAGCUGUUGAAGGGGCAUUUGCUGCUAAAUUCAGAUCAAGUGGUCAAACUUGUGUUUGUGCUAAUAGAUUUUAUAUUCAUGAAUCAGUUUAUGAUGAAUUUGUGGAAAAUUUUGUUGCAAAAGUUAAGAAAGUAGUUAAAUUAGGUAAUGGUUUAGACCCAGAAACUACUCAUGGUCCAUUAAUUCACGGAAGAUCCUUAAAAAAGGUACAAGAUCAUGUUAAGGAUGCUGUUUCUAAAGGGGCAACUGUUUUAACUGGUGGUGAAGCUCGUCCUGAUAUUGGACAAUAUUUCCAUGAAUUAACUGUUCUUGGAGGAGUGACUCAAGAUAUGCAUAUUGCAAAUGAGGAAACCUUUGGUCCAGUUGCAGGAUUGAUCAAAUACAAGAAUGACGAUGAACUCAUUCAAUUUGUCAAUGAUACUUCUGUUGGUUUAGCAGGAUAUUUCUAUACCAAAGAUAUUAGUAACUUAUUUAAAUUCGCUGAAGAAAUAAACGUUGGUAUGUUGGGUGUUAAUACUGGUCUUAUUUCGGAAGCUGCUUUACCAUUUGGAGGAAUCAAGGAAUCCGGUUUCGGUAGAGAAGGUUCAAAAUAUGGUAUGGAUGAAUAUAUGACUAUUAAAAGUGUUGUUAUUGGAGGCAAUGCAUGAAAAUAUUACAAUGUUAUGAGUAACUUUUUUUCUUAUAUAUAAAAAUACAGAUUUAUAAACAAUAUACAUUCUAUUUAUGAUUCGUUAAAAGUUUGAGAAACGGCAAGUGCUUCAGUGACUAUAUCUUGAGAUUCAGUAGCUUCUGUGAUGGUUGUCUCCUGCUCUGUAGUUGGAUGUAUGGUUGAUGUUUGAGUGUCUGGUUCAGCGACUGGCUCAUUAAAUGGCGCUGCGACUGGCACCACUACUGGUUCGACAACUGGCUCUAUGAUUGUUUCAACAACUGUUUCAACAACUGUUUCGGCAAUUGGUUCAACUACUGGCUCGACGGUUGGCUCAC